AUGCCAGCCUCCUCCAAAGCCAAGAGCCUAAGCUCUCUGGUUCGCUCAGCCAUCAAAUCCAAAGCCUCCUCCAUAUCUCUAGCCUCACCCGCCGACGACGCAACUCUCAAGCAUUUCGCCUCCUCCCUCGACUCCUCCCCUCCCUCCAAACCAAAGUCCAAGAAGUCCAACAAGCCACUCUCCGAACCCACCGCUCCUUCUGCGGUCGCCAGCUUGAACUUGGACCCGGCCUCGGCUUCAGAAGAUUUGACGAACGAGCUGCCUGGGGGGAUAUUUUCGAUAUUGUCUGGUGGUAGUUCUAGUAAUUCUCCUGAUGUCCAGGGAACUGAAGAUGAGAAAUCUAUGGAAAAUGCAUUGGACUUACCAUGGUUUCCUGACAUGUCUCAUAGUGUGCUAUCAAUGCGUCGCAAAGAAAUAACUCGUGAAAGGAAGCAAAAGUGGAUUUUCAAAAGCUCUCAGGUAAACCGUUUUGGUCGGUUAGUUAACAUGUGCGCCGACAGGCUAGGGACACACACCACUAUUCAGGUGUUUGAUAAAUUGGGACGAGAAAGUGGUGUGAAAGAAUAUAAUGCAUUGAUAAAAAUAUGCAUAGAGAGGGCUAGGAGUAGUGCCGACGAAGAUGUUGGAUUAGAACAGAUUCACAUGGCUUUUCAAAUUUUUAAAUCCAUGAAGGAACAAGGUUUUCUGCUGGAAGAAGAAACAUAUGGUCAAUUUCUUGCAUAUCUAGUUGACAUGGGUAUGACAGAAGAAUUUCAAUUUUUCUGUGGAGUUAUCAAAGCUGAAAACCCUAGUUCAGUUGCAAGACUAGGAUACUAUGAGAUGCUGUUAUGGAUUAGAGUCAAUGAUGAUGAAAAAAUUCAAGAGCUCUGUAAUUACAUCGUAAGUGAUGAUGGAGGAACGAUGUCUGUUUUACAAGAGAAUUAUCUGUUAGCACUUUGUGAAAGUGACCGGAAGGAGGAGAUUUUGCAGCUGUUGGAAAUUAUGGACAUAACCCAAAUCUCAUCAUUGGAUUGCGUGGCUAGUAUCUUUACAUGCUUGGGAAGGCUACUACUGGAGUCCUAUGCGGAGAAGUUCCUUCUGUCAUUUAAAGCCUGUGACCAUGAAGCAGAGAACAUUACAAACUUCAUCGGUAGUUAUGUUGUCGGCAUUCCAAAUUUAGCGGUUGAGGAUGUCAUUUCAAACUUUAAAAACUGGCACACGAAACUGGGAGUGACCCCUUCAUCUGCUGGCUAUGAGAAGCUUAUCAUGUACUGUUGUGAAUCACUUAAGGUGCAUGCGGCUCUUGAAAUGGUUGAGGAGAUGUGUGAACUGGGUUUGACCGUUUCGAUAGGGGCACUACACUCCAUUUUACGUGCUAGUGACGAGAGCUGUGAUUUUAAUCUGGUUCGCCAAAUGUAUUCAAUGAUUUGUCGGUACAAAUUAAAGCCAAAUGGUGAAACUUUCAGGCGUAUGAUAACUUUGUGCGUGAAAAUGAAAGAUUAUGGAGGUGCGUAUGACAUGCUGAGUGAUUUGGAGAAAAUAAAUUUAACUCCUACUGCUAGCAUGUACAAUGCUAUAAUGGUGGGAUUUUUCCGAGAGAAGAACAUUUAUGGUGGGUUGAGGGUUUUCAAACAAAUGAAAGAAGCAGAUGUACAACCAGAUUCCCAGACUUUCAGCUAUCUAAUUAGUAAUUGCGACUCUGAAGAGGAUAUUAACAAGUAUUAUGAAGAAAUGAAGCGUUCUGGAAUUCAAGUUACCAAGCAAAUUUUCAUGGCACUUGUAAAUGGAUACGCAACUUGUGGACAGUUUGAAAAGGCAAAACAGGUAGUCUUAGAUCAAGGGAUUCCAGUAAAGUGCUUGAAUGAAAUUAAAAGCGUGCUUGUCCAAUCCCUUGCAUCACAUGGGCAAUUGUGUGACGCGUUCAGUAUAUAUGAAGAGAUGAAGCAAGCUGGAUGCAGUUUAGAGCCGAAAGCUGUUAUAAGUCUUAUUGAGCACCUCCAAUCUGAUGAAGAAUUAAGCAGAUUACUCCCUCUUCUUGACGAAUUAGAUGAUCCAGACUAUUGGUUUGAGGGUUGCCUGAGAACGAUCUUAUGUUGUGUUCGGUACAAGCACUUAAGACCUGCGCUCAAUUUACUCAAGCAACUCAGGGAUAAAAUCUGUACUGACGAAUUAGCUCUAGAAGUAAUUUUUAAUCAGGUGUUUGCCCUAAUUGCAGAAUCAGAGUCUACACAUUUGCAGUUGGGCUUGGAUUUGCUUCAUGCUAUCAAGAAUGAGCUUGGCCUCACCCCUUCACGGAAAUGUCUUGAUUUUCUUCUCCAAGCUUGUGCUAAUGCCAAAGAUCUGAGAAAUUCCAAAUUGAUUUGGAAAGAAUAUGAAGCUGCUGGCCUGCCUUACAACACUUUAAGUUUCGUAAGGAUGUAUCAAGCCCUUUUGGCUGCAGGGGACCGCAAGGCUUCGAAAAUUUUGCUUAGUAAAAUUCCUAAAGAUGAUCCCCAUGUUCGAACUAUCAUUAAAGCAUGUAAUACCAUUUACUCAAGAGGGUAA